AUGAAAGCUGAUUGGGAACGUGUGUGGGAGGAUAACUUUGAUUGGAAUGGAGGGGUUGACAAGAACAAAUGGGAUUUUGAUAACGGUGGUGGAGGAUGGGGCAAUCAGGAGCAACAAUUCUACACAGCCAGAAAUGAAAAUGCUCGGUGUGAACUGUUUCCUAAUAGUGCGAAUGGACGUUUGAUUAUAGAAGCUCGUAAAGAAAACUUUGAGAAUAGCCGUUUUACAUCGGCUCGAUUAAAAAGCAAAGCCAGUUGGACUUAUGGUCGUUUACAAGUGCGUGCAAAAUUACCUACAGGUCGUGGAUUGUGGCCCGCAAUUUGGAUGUUACCUGUGGCUCAAAGCUAUGGUAGCCAAUAUUGGCCGGAUAAUGGUGAAAUAGAUGUGAUGGAGCAAGUUGGUUUCGAUCCAAAUCGCAUUGUUUCUAGUGUGCACACUAAAGCAAAUAAUCAUAUGCUUAAUUCACAACCGACAAAUGGUGUACAGGUAUCUGAUGCCACGACAAACUUCAAAAUCUACACACUCGAUUGGAAUGUGAACAAAUUAGAAAUGUUUGUAGGAGAUGAAGGUAAUCCGUUGGGACAGCGGAUCUUAGUUUGGGAUAAACAAAAUGACUGGACAAAAUGGCCAUUUGACAAACCGUUCUUUGCUCUGCUCAACAUUGCUGUAGGAGGAUCAUGGGGUGGUGCUAAGGGUAUAGAUGAAGGAAUUUUUCCAGCACGAAUGGAGAUUGAUUGGGUGCAUUAUUACCAGUGGCGAUAA